UGAUUGGCCCAAAGAGAAGGUCGUCCUGAUGAUGGACAAAGUGGUUGGUUCAUGUUCUUCUUCUUCACUUUUCAGUUAUUGAUCAGAGCUGAAUAACAAGAUGAAGCUGUCCCUGAAGUUGGAGGGCGAAGAUGAAAAAGAAAAAUACAGCACGCAAAUCAUGACAGCAAAGGUACCCAUCAGUAUAUGUUCGAACCCAUUUAUUUCGGGCGUGACAGCCACCACGAGCACCCACUCUCCCUCCCACUUUUCCUUCUCACUGUCCACAAACUUCCCAUCUGGCCCAUCCCUCCGCCUCUCCUACUCCCCCUCGGCCUCCCUCCCCUUCUCCCUCUCCCUGAAAUCGGGCCUGGGCCUCCUGGGCUCCCCGGCCCACUCCCCUCUCGUCUUCUCCGCCAAUUUCUCCCUCUCCCCUUCCCACUCCCCUCUCCCUUCCUUCUUCCUCCACUUCAAACCCCAACUCGGCCACUUCUCUCUCCACAAAACCGUUUUCUCGGAAAACAACGCCCAACCCCUCUCUCACCCUCCCGCACCUGAAAUCGUCACCGAUGGAUCUUCCUCGGGAUGGCACAAUUUGAAACUGGAACCCUGUGUUGACUCUAACAACACGCACCAGUUAAACCCCAACACCGAUUCAAAACACGCUCUCUCUCCUCACAUUAGGGUUAUGGCUCGGACCGUUAUGCCCGUGGCCAAGGGCUUCCUCUUGAACUUCCGCUGGGGCGUCAAUUUCCCCCGGAGCUUCGCCUCCAAAAUGCCAAGCUUAACCGUUAAUAAGAUACGUUUAGAGAGGGUUGAGGAAGCAAAGGAUAAUAAUGACAAUAACAAAGAGGCUUCCGUCAACGAUUUGCAACUGUUGAAGGGAAUGUGUUUGUGGAUGGGGAGAGACUUGGAGAACGUGGAGAGGGAAAACAGGGAGAUGAAGCGCGUUUUGGAUGAGGUCAAAUUGGGGAUUUCAACAGCCAGAAAAGAAAUUUCGCUGCAACAACCCAAUCGAACGAGUGAAGGCUCUGGCUCUGGGGAGUUUCAGCGUUGGAAAAGUUACAAGAGUGGGAAACAAGAGGAUGAUAGAAACCAACCAAACAAGUCGCAGAGUGACGUGGAAGCUGAGUUACAGAAAGCCAUCAAGGCCGCUACUACCUCUUAGCAAGGUCAUGUUCCUUGUUACUUUUUUUCAAUGUGUAUAAAAUCUCGGCUUCUCUUUUUUGUUAAUUGAUUAAUUACAUUACUACUAUACCAGUUUGUUAAGGGUAAUAUAAUCAAAUUAUCAUUUAUGUGGAUGAGAGGAGGCA